AUGGCGACUUCUUCUUCUUCCUCUUUAGUCAAAAUUGACGGUUUGCUUAGGAUGAUUACUCUUUGUCUCGAAGACGAUAAUUUUCUCAAGUGGAGUUUUCAAUUGGAAUCUAUUCUUCAGGGUUAUGAUAUUUUUGGGCAUUUUGAUGGAACUGAUGUUGCUCCUUCUUGCUUUGCUAUUGUUGAUGAGGAGGGUGUUACAUCUGCAGUUACUGCUGCUUACAAGGAAUGGAUUCUCACCGAUAAGGCUUUACUUAGUUUGCUCAUUGCCACUCUCUCUGAUGAGGCCAUAUAG